GGGAUUUUUUUCUUGAAUACGAUAGACAUACUCUUCGAAAAAGUCCUCCAUGUGGCUCUGAACUUUUGGAGGGUGGUCAAUAUUGGAGCAACUGCUUCAGUUACAGACACAGCAACAACAAUAUUUGGAGAAACUGGUGUUAGUGUAGCAACUGGAGUGAUGACUAUAGUAACCUUAGAAGGUGUGGUUGAGGAGAUUGUUGGAGACAUCUUUGAUGAAAAUGAUUCAAAGGUAAGCCUAAUUACCUCAUUAAUGACCUUAAUGUUCUGUUACUGAAUCUGUUAUUGGGGGCAAGUCUUUUAACUAUAUAGAUAACUUUAGAUAUUGGAUUCUAUUAUUCCUCAGCAAGGGGAUGCUAAGAAAACUUGUUGAUGAAGUCCAAAACAAAUUGGUGUUAUACAUGUGCUGCUAAUUUUCUACAGACCAAUUGAUCUAGAUGCUGCUUUAUGUCGCCGGUUUCUCGUCUCAUUUAGGAGGAGAUCCAGAAGAAAACUGGCUAUUUUGUAAUGAGAGCAGAGGGAGUAUAUGAUGUCCAUGCCCAUGCAUCUAUUUAUUGGCUGAGGACUUGAAUAUCAAAAUGGCAGAGGAACAUCAGUAUGAGACAGUAUCUGGUUUUGUAUGCGAAGUAUUUAGAUACAUCCCUAGCUGGGGCUGGUGAGAGCAUCAAAGUUGUCCUCAAAAGGGAUAAUCAAGAUGAUGAUGAUAAGCAUGACGAAGAUGGAUCUGAUCAUCAAAAUUUGACGGAAAGGCAUCAAAUAUAUAGACUUAAGAUAUUGGUUGCAAAUGCCCAAAAGGUUAGUGCUGUUCGUUCUGAGUAGAUAAACAACGGGGAAGCAAUGUCAGAGGCCAAAGAUGUAACUCGAUUGAUUCCCAAAAUCACGAAGAGGAAAGGGAAUGGUGACAAAUUGGAUAACAUUACCUAUGAUGAGAAUGCAUUUCAGAAGAGAUUAGAGAAUUGCCUUUCUGAUAACUAUGUAGUUCUGAAAAUACAUAAGAUAAUCGCCAUUAGCUACAUUGCAUAUUCUGUUUUCUUUUUCUUUAGCUCCUUUUCCUUCUCGUAUUCUUAUUGCCCCGUGUAGAAGAAAAGGAA